AUGUCCAAAGAGACCGUGCGUCCUCCUGCUGAAGGGCCGGCGGGUGCUGGACAGGGCCCUGAGCUGGAGACGAGACCUCUACUGUCCACUGCACACGAUGUUACGGACACUGACUCAACUGGAAGAAACCUGUCGUCCUGGAAACCAAUCUUGGAAGGUCAUGUGACAGAGGAUAGAACCAAUCACCACGAGCCGAUCAGAACUCAGCCUCAAUCUGCAUCGCAGCCGUCUAAAGAAGUUGUUCUAAAAGAUGACACCAAAGACCAAAGUGAGCUUCACCACAAGGCUGUCGACUCAACCGCCUUGAGUAACGGAAAUGGCAUCCACUCGGGACUGAGCGGGAGCGCGCGCACGUGCAAAUGCGGCACCAAUGGCAGCCGAAACACCUCUGUGUCUGGAACUGGGACGGCCAUGGUCCACUCGUCCACCAUGACGGAGCAGCCUCGGCCCUCCUCCGGGUCUGUGUCCCAGAAGAUGCAGAGAAAGCUGCGGUCCAGUCUGUCCGUCAACAGUGACAGUAGCCGCCGCAGUAAAGGCAGUUCGACCAGCUCACACAAGCCGCCUCUACCUGAAGACUGUUGCGUGCACUGCAUCCUGGCCUGCCUGUUCUGUGAGUUCCUGACGCUGUGUAACAUGGUGGUGGCCCAAGCCUCCUGCGGCACGUGCACUUCGGAGGGCUGCUGCUGCUGCUGUGCUGGAGAAGACCUGGGAGACGACUGUAACUGCCCCUGUGACAUGGACUGCGGAAUCAUGGACGCCUGCUGCGAGUCCUCCGACUGCCUGGAGAUCUGCAUGGAGUGCUGUGGCAUCUGUUUCCCCACAUAG